AUGAGUACUGGAAUUCUCAAGACCGACAAUGAGCGUAUUGUCGACGCCAACGGCGACGCCGUUUUACUGCGAGGCACUGCGUUAGGUGGAUGGAUGCUCAUGGAGAAUUUCAUGAACGGUUUCCCCGGACGAGAACAUCAGAUCCGAGCCGCCCUUCUCAAAGUACUUGGCCAAGAAAAGCACGACUUCUUUUUCGACAAGUUCCUAGAGUAUUUCUUUGCCGAGAAAGAUGCUGAAUUUCUUGCUUCCCUCAAAUUCAAUUGUCUCCGUCUAUGUCUCAACUACAGACAUUUUGAAGAUGACAUGAACCCCUUUGUCAUCAAAGAAGAGGGCUUCAAGCACGUAGAUAGAGUCAUCAAUCUCUGCGCCAAAUAUGGCAUCUAUACCAUUCUCGAUCUCCACGCGCUUCCUGGUGGCCAAAACCAGGACUGGCACUGCGACAACCCUACCGGAUACGCUGCUUUCUGGGACCACAAGCACUUCCAAGAUCGAGCGAUCAACCUUUGGGAGCAUAUCGCACGACGGUACAAAGGCAAUCCGUGGGUUGCUGGCUAUAACCCUAUGAAUGAGCCUGCUGACUCCGAAUGGACGCGUCUACUGGCGUUCUAUGAUCGCAUCGUGCCAGCAAUCAGGGCCAUUGAUCCUGAUCACAUUCUCUUCCUGGAGGGCAACACCUUCAGCAUGGACUUUACUGGAUUCGACAAGGUCUGGGAAAAUUCCGUAUAUGCAAUUCACGAUUACUGCGGCUUCGGAUUCCCCAACCGCAUCGGCCGAUUCCAGGGUACCAAGGAACAAGAAAGUUACAUUCGGAGGAUGUACGACCGAAAGGUCGAAUUUAUGAAGAAGCACAACGUACCUAUCUGGAAUGGUGAAUUUGGACCCAUUUACGAACGAAAAGAAUACAACCCGGAUUGGGAGGUACAGAACGAAGAACGAUACGAUAUGCUUGACCGUCAAAUGGCUAUCUACACUUCGGAAAGCAUUGCAUGGUCAAUUUGGGCAUACAAAGACGUCAACGUCAUGGGCAUGACCUAUGUUUCUCCAGACUCGCUAUGGCUAAAGCUACUCGGGCCAAUGAUCAAGAAGAAGCGUGACCUCGCGGUGGAUUCUUGGGCUUAUGACGAUGCACACCUCCAAGAUGGUCUUUUCGGUCCGUUGCACAAGUGGUUUGAAGACAACGUCCCAGCACAAUAUUCCAAGAAGUACCCUUGGCAAUGGCGUAUGCACAUGCAUGUAUUCCGCGGUAUUCGUGGAAUCACAAUGGCUGAGUACAUGAUCCCUGAGUGGGCAGAUUACUUCAAGGAUAAAUCAUUUGACGAGUUGGAUGAGCUUGCGGCAAGCUGGAAAUAUGAGAACUGCAUGCAGAGAGGCAGACUGAACGAGCUGCUGAAACAGUAUGCUCCAAUGGCAGCAGAUGAUGAACAUCUGGAAGGUAAGGUCAUUGAGUCGGAGCAGACCUUAAACGACGGUUUAAUCUCUAAAGAGCAAUCUGUUUCUGGAGUCGGCAUCUUUGAAUUAUCGCCUGAAGAAAAGGCUAAAGCUGAGCUCAAGAAGCAACAGCUACAACAAGCUCAAGCUGUACCUGUUGCAGCAUAA